GGCCCGAGACGUAGUCCCGCCUCUUCCUGUCAAUAUCGUGUUAGAUAAGGCCGGCUAAGCGUGGAGAUGGAAAGCGCUGGCGGAGAGCGGCUGCCGCUGCCUCCGACAGAGAUGGAAACACAAACUCACCAAGAAGGCUUCACGAAGGUCCUCAAGCGGAAGAGGCGCCGGGAGCCCCAGAUGGACACGAACGAGAGCCCAGUGCCUAGGAAGCGGCCGGAUUUCCCUCCUCUUAGCGGGGAAGCCCUCGCCUUUGGAAAAGGUGAAUUGAGAAAAAUUCCUGUACCAGCAAACAGAUAUACUCCUUUGAAAGAGAACUGGAUGAAAAUUUUUACACCAAUUGUAGAACAUUUGCUGCUUCAAAUUAGAUUUAACUUAAAAACAAGGAAUGUAGAGAUAAAGACUUGUAAAGAAACAAAAGACAUAGGUGCUUUGACAAAAGCAGCUGAUUUUGUAAAAGCUUUUAUACUAGGAUUUCAAGUUGAAGAUGCACUUGCAUUGAUCAGAUUAGAUGAGCUUUUUCUAGAAUCAUUUGAAGUAACAGAUGUCAAACCUUUAAAAGGAGAUCAUCUUUCAAGAGCAAUAGGAAGAAUUGCUGGAAAAGGAGGAAAAACCAAAUUUACUAUUGAAAAUGUAACAAGGACGCGAAUAGUUCUUGCAGAUUCGAAAGUUCAUAUUUUAGGAUCUUUUCAGAAUAUUAAAAUGGCACGGACAGCCAUUUGCAAUCUCAUUCUAGGAAGUCCUCCAUCUAAAGUUUAUGGCAAUAUUAGAGCAGUAGCUAGCAGAGCAGCAGAAAGAUUUUAAAACUACAGUUUUUGAAGUCACAAAAUUCUACACAAGAUACUGGAAAACACUUGAAGAAAGAAGCCAUGUCAAAAUGUAGAUUACAAGAAAGUGUGCUUUUCUUUAAAACCCAAAACAAACACAUUGUGUUUCAGAAGCUCUGCUAAACCAUUUCAAGAGGGUGACAAUUCAGCCAAACCAAAAAUUGGGAUAUUUUGUUUGUCCAGAGUUUGGGCUGAAACAAAAUUCAGAAGGAUUUUAAGGGUGGGUUGGGCAAGGCUGAUAUGAAAUGCCUAUCUCUUCCCUCCUUUGGCUUGUGGCAGACUACCGAUCUUCCCAAUGUCUUCCUUGCCCUAUUUCACACUAGCUACUGCCACAUCCUUAGCUUUCAGUGAAAAUAUCCACCUGAACUGCUCCUUCCUCUGAUCUUUGCAGCAUCUUCAUUUUCUUUGUUUCUGGUUGCCACCAAUAUCCCUAGGAUUUUCCACUUUCUCCCUGCCCCCAAAUACUUCUUUCCGAAUUAAUUCAUGCCUAUGCCACUCAUAACUAGCAGUUUCAUGCAUGGAAUAUUCUUCACAUCCCUAGUAAACUGGUAGCAAUUUUCUGUUCCAACAUGACUGGUAUAUAAUAGAACUGCUGCAGCAAUGCUCUCAAACAAAUAUCUAUCAUCAAGCAUUCUAAAUGAAAUUAUGUCCAAUAAAAACUGGUACUUGAAUUUCCUUCUA